AUGGUUGACUCAAUCAAGCGUUAUAAAAUACAUUCAAAUACUGACGACAAUGGAUCCACGACCUAUGUUUAUUAUAGCUUGUUUGAUGUAAGAGUUAAUAUCGCAGGACAUUGGGUUCAAGGUUUUGCUUGUGGGUGUUCACAUGCGACUGCAUUGACAGCUGAGACUGUACUUGAUGGCGCAUAUUCUUAUCAAUAUUCCAUUUGCAAAAAUGAUAAGGUAUGUGGAAAUAUGCUGUUAAUGCCAGCUUGGUUUUGCAAUGAAUGCAAUAAAUGCACUCAAUUUUUAAGCCAAGAAGAAAAAGACUGCAAAUAUUUCUUAAAAACCCCACAUAAUCAGAUUGAUAGUGUGAAAGAAAUUCCAGUAGGAUAUAAGCUUGAUUACCCUACUGAGCACUCAACAUUUAUUCAAGUGAUUUUUAUGGAUGAUCCUUUUUAUUUUAAAAGCGAUUAUAUAGCGCUACAAAUAAUUUGCUUUUGAAUAAUGAUUAUUUUGCCUGCAGCAUAUAUACUUCUGCAUCUUAUAUAUUUGGGCUUUAGCCAUAUCAAAGAUAACUACUAA